UUCUUUUCCCAGCAGCUGCCGAACUUUCUCCCACCCAGAUUUUCCGACAACACGAUUCGGAACAUCACAUGCUCCCUCCCAUUCCCUUCUUCGUGUGAAAUCGUGAGUCAGAAGUCAGAUCCAAUCGAACACCUCGCUCUCUCUCUCUCUCUCUCUCUCUGACGAGGAUCAGGGCAGGUCGGGAUGGAGGACCUUCCGGAGGAGCUGCGGACGCCUCCGGUGUCGUUGGUGUCCCUGGUCGGUCUAUCGGAGUUCCACCCGACAAUCUCGAGCUUCCUGCACUCAAAACAGCCACCCAUUAACUCCCUCGGCCUCGCUGAUUUCUCUAACGUCUCCUUCGUCGCCCGCAAGCUCAAGGACCCCCUCUCUUCCGCCACUGCUCCGCCUGCCGGCUUCCUCAAGCGCGAUUGGCUCUCCAAACGCCGCACCCGCGUCCCUUCCGUGGUCGCCGCCCUCUUCUCCGCGGAUCAGGUCUCCGGCGAUCCCACCCAAUGGCUCAAGGUCUGCACAGAUCUUGAAACCCUAAAAAGUGUGAUCUCUGGGCGGAAUAUCAAACUGGUUGUGGUGGUGGUGCAGCCGACUAUCAGCGAUGAUGUUAGUGAAGAUCAAAUUACUGCAUUGAGAAAACGUGCUGAAAUUGAUCCGAAGUGCCUCAUGUUGUUAGUUCAAAAUGGGCCUGUGGAGCUGAAGCAGUCUCUUGUUAGAUUAGGAAACCUUUUUGCGGAAUUGGCCAUUGCUUAUUAUAGAGAAGAAGGACGGCGGAUUAAAAUUCGUAUUGAAAAAAAGAACUUCAAUUUUGCUGAGUUGCAUGUCCGGUAUUGCUUUAAGGCGGCAGUGUAUGCAGAAUUUCGAAGAGAUUGGGCUGAGGCACUGAGAUUUUAUGAAGAUGCCUACUUUGCUCUGCAUGAGAUGAUUGGAACUUCAACACGGUUGCCACCGAUUCAACGGUUGGUUGAGAUAAAGGCAGUGGCAGAACAAUUGCAUUUCAAAGUGUCAACUUUGUUGCUUCAUGGUGGCAAGGUUGUGGAAGCAAUUACAUGGUUCUGGAGGCAUAUUGCAUGCUAUGAGAAGCUUACUGGAGUUCCAGAAGCUGCUUUCCUUCAUUGGGACUGGAUGAGCAAACAAUAUUUAGUGUUUGCUGAAUUACUCGAGACAAGUUCUGUAGCCAUCCCUACCGCUGUUCCUUUGCCCUUAAGCACAUCAGAACGACCUAUCACUGAAUGGGAAUUCCAACCAGCACACUACUAUCAAUUAGCAGCUUGUUGCUUGAGAGAAAAGAGGGGUGCAUUUGAAGUCUCCCAAUCUGUAUUACAAAAGCCUGAAUAUCAUGCAGAAGUGCUGGCAGUUGAAAAUAGUGCAGAUUCUGUUGUUCCUUCUUUAUAUGUUGGCCAAUCUACAUGGUUGGUUGAGAAUGGAGAAGCAUAUGCUACACGACCUCUCACUGAUUCGGAGUAUCUGGCUUAUGCUGUUUCUGAAGGGAAGAGAUACCAGGACUCAUAUGAAAUCGUGGCUCUACUAACGAAGUCCUGUGGUCUAUACAGUAACCUGAAAGCUCAGAGGAUGGCCUCUUACAGUAGCCACCAAAUGGCUAGGGAACAUUUUGUUGUAGGUGAUUUGGGUAAGGCUAAAGAUCUGUUUGAUGGUAUUGCAGGGCUUUACAGACAAGAAGGUUGGCAAACUCUGCUUUGGGAAAUCUUGGGUUAUUUGAGGGACUGCUCUAGAAAACUUGGGCUUCUGAAAGAUUAUGUAGAGUAUUCACUUGAAAUGGCUUCACUGCCUAUAACGUCUGGAAACCAUCCAGAUUCUCUUGGCUUGAAAGAUCAAUAUGGGCCUGCAGGUCCUCCAAGUCUCUCCAUGAAGGAGACCGUACAUGAAGAAAUAUCAAGCAUUCUGAAAGGAGAGCCUACAUUGAAAUUGAGUGGUGACCAAAGUUGGAUAAGUCUAACCGAAGAUCAGCCCCUUCAUCUUGAAAUUGACCUUGUUAGCCCAUUAAGAACAGUUUUUCUGGCAUCAAUAGCUUUUCAUGAUCAGUCUGUUAAGCCUGGAGCCCCCACUUUCCUGACCUUGUCACUUAUUUCAUGUUUGCCUCAUCCCUUUGACGUUGAGCAAUUAGAAAUUCAGUUCAACCAACCUGCAUGUAAUUUUGUUGUUAAAAAUUUAGAAAAACAGUCAAUAGCAACUCAAGGACAGGAGCUUCGAGUUGAGAAUGUUCCAAGUAUGACUCUGGUUCCAUACAAAUGGGUACGAUUAACAUAUGACAUCAUACCUGCUCAGAGUGGCAAGCUUGAGUGCAUAUCAGUUUUAGCAAGAAUCAGUAAAUAUUUUACCAUUUGCUUUCGUGCUGAAAGUCCUGCAUCAAUGGAAGGUCAGCCUCUUUGGAAAUUUGAAGAUAGAAUAGAGGUUCUCCCAACUAAAGAUCCUACUCUUUCAUCCAUCGGUCAGAAGGUUAUUCAGGUGGAAGACCCUGAUCCUCUUGUGGAUCUUGUUUUGAGCUCUGCUGGCCCUGCACUUGUUGGUGAGAUUUAUCCAGUCUCUGUAUUGGUCAUCACAAAAGGACAUAGGGUCUGCUCUGGGGAGCUGAAAAUAAACCUUGUAGAUCCCAGGGGUGCCUUAAUUACACCUAGGGAUGUUGAAUCAUUCUCGUCUGAAAAUCACGAUGUCGAACUUAUUGGUAUCUUGGUGUCAUCUGAACUCAAGGAACCCCGACCAAAUUCUGAAGUUACAGAGAACAAAUCUCCAAAUGUUGAGAAUGUCAGAAAAGUACAACAAUCCUUUGGGUUGCUUUCAGUGCCAUUUCUAGAUGUUGGUGAAUCAUGGUCCUGCAGACUUGACAUCAAGUGGCAUCGACCUAAAUCAGUUACGCUUUAUGUUUCUUUGGGCUACUCACCUAAUAGCUGGGAAAGUACGGCUCAGAAAGUUAAUGUACAUAAGAGCUUGCAAAUUGAGGGCAGUGUUGCUAUUGCAAUCAGUCACCAGUUUAUCAUGCCAUUUAGAAAAGAUUUGCUUUUACUCUCAAGAAUUAGACAGGACACAUCAUCUUCAGGUCAUUUGACUACACUUGCCUUAAAUGAAAAGAACAUUCUUCUUGUGACUGCUAAAAGUUGUUCUGAGGUACCAUUGCAACUGACCUCUGCCUCUCUUCAAAUGGAUGACAAGGAUGGUGAAACAUGCAUUCUAGGGCAUGCCUGUUCACCUGACCAUGUUCUUGUAUCCAACUGCAGUGACCCAAUGUCAUCUGAACUUGUUCUGAUGCCAGGAGAAGAAUUUAAAUGGAUCUUUUCUGUCUGUCCACUUAAGGAAGUUAUGGGUAUGCCGAUGGGGACACUCUCUAUUGGAUGGAGAAGGAAAUCACAGUCAAUUGAGUCAGAAUCCUGUUCUGCAAUGGAAAUUGUUAGCAAACAAAAACUCCCAGAUGUGAAUGUUGAGAAGGCAGUGGUGGUUGUGUACUUGGAUUGUCCACCCUAUGCAGUACUUGGUGUACCUUUUUCAUUCUCUCUGAGGAUUGAGAACCAAACAGCAUUAGUUCAGGAAAUCCAAUAUUCCUUGUUAGAAACCCCAAGUUUCUUGAUAUCUGGAUCACACAGUGAUGCUGUCUUUGUAUUGCCGAAUUCUGAGCAAGUUCUUGCAUAUACACUGUUGCCUUUAUUUUCAGGACACCAACAAUUGCCUCAGAUUAUAGUUACUUCAGAAAGAUAUUCAGCAAGGCUUCAAACAUCUGCUUCAUCUGCCAGACUCUUUGUUUUCCCCUCAAAUCCUCAGUUCCAGUUGGGCUAUGUUAGCAAAAAGGGUAAUAAUAGUGAAUCAUAACAAGAGAUUGUGGAAGUUACCUGAAACAUAUUUCCUUGCCAUUAUGACAACUUUGUGACAAGCUUGAUAUGCCAGACUCAAUUUAACUCUAUUAACAGAGAGUAACAUGGUGGCAGGGUUGAUGUGCUAAGACAGGUGCUUUUGUGGCCUUUUGCAGUCAUGGUCAUUGACACAUCCUGAAAAAGUUGGCCCAAACAACCUAGGCGAAUCAUAUCCAUCUUCAUAGAUUUGAGCGAAUGUGGAAUUGAUGCUGAUAUAGGUUUGGGGUCAUCUGAACCUGUUAGUACAUGGACAUAGUCUUAUUUUAUGUGAAUCUUGGAGCUUUUGUCUUAGAUACAUCUUUCUUGAUUGCCAAAACUUACCCGAGAAGGAUAUACCUACCAUAGUCCAUAGCUCGAGAAUGAAGCUGAUGGAAAUGAAAUAGCUUCUAGAGGUAUGUGGCUCCUCAGUAAUUCUUUUUGACCUGCUUCUUAUGCAUCAUAAUGAUUUCUUGCCCUUGAAGCUGCAGAGAUAUUUUCCGUUUCUUUCCUUUUGAUGGCUUGAGUUCGGGUCUUCUUUUGAAGGGUGCUGAGCUAAUUUUAUCAGUUCGUAAAUCUAAAAGAGCUGGCAUUGGAUUUUAGAUGGAAACCUCAUUAUUUGGUCCUUCGAUGUUAUGGAUAUUUGUCUAACAAUUGCUGAUUGCGCAGCUGAUACGGGGUAUGAAACUACCAGAUUUCUGCAAACUGACUUGGCAUGCUUAAUCGUGCUUAUCGAGUAGUCUGAUGACAGAGAGAGCAUGGUGUUAAAGAUCUCAUGAGUGGAAAGGACCUCGACUAAAAGAAUGCCUGCAAAGGCUAUCCAUUAUUCAGCUUUGCCUUUGCGAGUUUACCUCAAAAGUUACCAUGCACUUGAGGGAGCAUGAGACUAUUGAGUUGGUAGGGUCCGGGAAAUUGCUCUUACGCAUUUGACGUGUCAGUCUGCUUAAGAUGUCAUGUAUAUUCUUUUCAAUUACUAGUCGACAUAAUGCGGUUGCACAGAAAUCGAAGGAAUGCCCAUUGUCUUUAUGUAGUAAUAUCAACAAUAGUGUCAUGAUUCUUUGAUUUCAUAUAUUUCAGUCACAUGGGCGUAUUAGCCAUGCUUUA